ACUCUCUUAUUAUGGUGGAUCAGCCCCAUUUCAAAAUUACGUUCAGUUUGGACCGAAUGAUGCUACUGUAGGCAAAUUAGGCAAAGGACAAUCAGUAGCUACGGCUUUACAAAACUUCUUUACUUUCUUUUGUUACUUUACUCCUAUGCUUGGAGCCAUUGUUGCUGAUCAAUAUAUUGGUCGUUACUGGACUAUUCUUAUCUUUUCUACUGUUUAUUUGAUCGGUUGGAUUAUUCUUACUUGUACUUCUCUUCCAUCUGCCAUUGAAGCUGGUGCUGGUUUUCCUGGUUACGUAGUUGCUUUGGUAGUGAUUGGCUUUGGUACGGGUGGUAUUAAAGGUAUUGUAUCACCUUUAUGCGCUGAUCAAUAUAAAUAUGAUCAUGAUUAUAUCAAGGAAUUGAAAACUGGUGAAAAAGUAGUGGUGGAUUACUCUCUUUCCAUUCAACGUCUUUAUAAUUGGUUCUAUUGGGCUAUCAAUAUUGGUUCUCUUGUUGGUGGUGUUGUUUGUCCUUUACUUGAAUUAAAUGUAGAUUUCUGGGCUGCUUAUCUAUUACCUACCAUCAUGUUAUUGGUAUCCAUCAUUGUAUUUGUGUCUGGUAGCAAACUCUAUUACAAGCCACCACCAACAGGCUCUAUUAUUCUCAAGGCUUUUAGUGUCAUCAGACAAGCAUGGAGACAAAAGAAUCUACCUGGCAAUAGAGAAGCUCGUAGGGUUUGCAAGGAUUUUAUGGACUUUGCUAAAAGAGAUUCUGGCUUACCAGGUGUGGUGGAAUGGGAUGCGGAAAUGACGGAAAAGGCGGCUCAUUGGGACGAUCAAUUUGUGGAUGAACUCAAACAAGCUAUCAUGGCAUGCAAGAUCUUCGUGCCUUUGUCGAUCUAUUGGGUGUGUUACAACAAUCUUAGCAACAAUCUUAUCAGUCAAGCUGCAGUUAUGGCUAGACCGUCCAGUUUACCUAACAACAUUAUGAACAACUUUGACCCUAUAGCUUUAUUGAUCUUUAUUCCCAUUGUUGAUUUGGUACUCUAUCCUUAUUUACGCAGCAAGAAAAUCAACUUUUUCCCUCAACAACGUAUCACUGUUGGUUUCUUCCUUGGUUCUUUAUCUAUGGUCUAUGCUGCUGUUGUACAACAUUAUAUUUACAUGGAUCCUCUCUUUAUUGAAACUGGUGAUUCUUCUAACGUGUCUGUGUUUAUUCAAAUUCCUUGUUAUGUAUUGAUUGCCUUUAGUGAAAUCUUUGCCUCCAUUACAUCUAUUGAAUACGCUUAUACCCAUGCUCCCAAAUCGAUGAAAUCACUGGUAUCAGCAUUAUCAUUAUGGCCCAAUUGUAUUGCAGCAUUGAUUUCUCUCGCCAUUUCACCUGCCUCUCAAGAUCCUAAUAUGGUGUGGGUAUAUACCGGUGUUGCAUGUGGUGCUUUUGCAUGUGGUAUCCUCUACUACAUCCUCUUCCGCCAUUAUGAUGAUAUUGAUGAAGAAUUCCGUCUUGCCAAGCUGGCUGAAUCUUCUAAACCUGCCGUUGCUUUGGAUCCUAUGACCAUGGAUACUCCUUGGGAUAAGAAUGCUCUUUUAUAGAUUUAGAAAUAUAUAUGUAGUUGUAGUUUAUUUUAUUUUGUAUUAUUAUUUCUUGGAAAAAAUAAAGGAUGCCUAUUUUUGGAAA